GAACAAUAUCUUUGGUUUGUUCUUUAAGGAAUAAUAAUUGGUUUAAAAUUAAUUCAGUCUUGAUUGUUGAUUUUUCUUUUUGUAUUUGUAAGAAAAAGAAGUUGUUAAUUGAGAAUUUUAUCAUGAGAAUAUCGGAGGAAGCAGAAACAAGUCAUGAAGUUAAUUGAAAAUGAAAAUUGGGCCUGAAUUGGGCCAAGCCGCGGAAAAGCCCACAGGAGAAGGCCCGAAGCGUCCAACCUUGGACACUUUGCUGGUUGGACGCUUUGGCUUGGAAGCCUGGCGAGGAUUGCGCAUCAAGGAAGGCACGUGGCAGACAGUGAAUGGAUGGGACACUUUGACGUUCUACUUUUACCAAGGCUUGACAGUUCCAUCUAAGAAGGAAUUGGACCAUUCUAAUAAACUUGGUUCUUUUCUGGAGAUGACACCUGAGGAAAAUGAGGAGUUAGUAGAAAGGCUCACUUCAAAUGCUAAAUAUUCGUACGAAGACCGAGCUCUUCCUCCUAAGGCGGGCAUGUAUGAAAUAGACCAAUUCACAACUCUCAAGGCUAGUAUGGAGAGACCCGUGAAACAAACUAUCAAGGAGCACCUAGGAGCAUCCCAUUCGCAUCCCAAUCUGUAUGCUGAAUCGGUGAACCAAGCUGAACUUUAUGGUUCUGGUAGUCACCACCAAUCUGAUCUUGUCUUGUCUUGUGAACACUGCUUCCAAAAUCAUCUUUCUUGUGCUUGUCCUUUGAUUGAACCACCCCCUCCGAGCAAGGCUAAGGAUGUUAAUCUAGCACAAUAUGCAAAUAAAGGGGAAGGGCCUUGGGCCCAGAACAAUCAAGAGCAUUGGCAAGAAAGGAACAACUUCCCAAGAAAUAAUCACCCUAGGGAUGAUUAUAAGCAAGGUAAUUGGAAUAACAAUAAAAGCAAUUACCAAAAUAACAAUGCAUCCUACGUCCCACCUCAUAAUCGCCAACCCUCGCAAGAAGAUUCCUUGGCAAGAAUGGAAAAGAUGAUGAUGGAGUACAUGCAGAAGAUGAACAAUCUGGCGGAUGAUUUUAAGGAGCGUGACAAGACGCGCGAUAACCAACUCCAACAAGUAUUUAAACAACUUGAAGUUAGAGAACAGGGGAACCUCCCAGCUACAACAGAACCAAACCCAAGAGAACAACUUCGGACCAUAACUCUGAGAAGCGGUAAAGAGUUCCAAGGCCCAGAAGUCGAAGCCGAUGUAGAAGAAGUCCCCGUAGAUACUUCUGUAGGAGCAUCCCCUAAAAAGAAGACUGAAUCCGCACCUCACGAAACGAGGAAAGAAGGAACCUCCUCUAGCCAAUCCCAACCAACCAGGCAAACUCAGCAGAACACUAUUCCCUUCCCUACUACGGUGAAAAAGAGCCAGGACGAGAAAGCUUUCCAAAAGUUUCUCGACGUCAUUGGCCAAGUUGAGGUCAAGAUGGCUUUGGGGUUCCAGCUGACGGUUUCUAAUUUGGCCACACACUUGGGUCUCUACACUUGGGAGGAGAUGUCAGCACCAGAGUUCGACGACGCACCAUACCUUCUCUUUGCGGAUGUUGACCCUGCUGACUUUUGGGCGGAGCAUUCUUCUGACCCGGACCACUUCGAUAGCAUGGGCCGGGCGAGGUUCUGGAUUCAGCCGACUUGGGGAAUCUUAUAUUUUGUGCUUUCGACGUCCUUCUUUGGAAGGCCGUUGAACACGGAUCGGGUCUACCCCAAUGAUAUGAUUGUCUUCUGGAGCCUGCACACACGCCGGGAGGCGAAUGUGGCCGUCUUUAUGGCACGAUUCCUCUACAGCCAGUCCAUGGGGAAUCGGACGCACAUUGUCUGUGAAUUCGUGGUCACCAUACUCUUCCGAUCGCUCGUGGGGUCGACGCCCAUUCCGCAGCCCCAGAUGUUGACGCGUGAUUUGGAUGCAGGCAUGCUGAGGAAUGCUCACAUCCACAGGACGUUGGGAUCUAGCUCUACCGAGAGCAACAACGCCUCCUCAUCUACGCCCUCGACCUUGGGAGCAUCUUUGCAGGUUUCAUCUAGGAGAGCCACCUGCCGCCGCCCCACCACCUCUCAGACUCCUGCAGCCACAACCCAAGCGGAUCCGAUCCCUGAUUGGGCUAAGAGGAUCAUGGAGCAGCAGGAGACCAUCAUGCAGAGGAUGUCCGAAAUCGGACAACAGCAUGCAUCCCAGGCUGAGAUCUUUACUCAUCUUCAGAAUAUUUUAGUAGCAUGCAUCCCAGGCUGAGAGCUUUACUCAGCUUCGGAAUAUUUUCACUGGCUUCCAUUCGGAUGUGCACAUUGGGCUCACUCCCCGUUCUCCUGAGGGUGACGAUCCCUCUUCCUCUGCCCCUCCUCCUCAGUGAUCUUUCUAUUAUUCUCCUUUAAAACUUUUAUUUCCUUUAAUUUAUGAGCAUGAAUUGAUGAUCGACUAGAUUUGUUGGAACUUCUUAUUUUCUGCCGGUAAAAUUUACUUAUGCACUUGCUUUAGUUCUAUUUUCAUCAACCCUUUUUGGAUUAUUGAUUUGUGUAAGUUCUUUUAUUAUUAAUCAAUCAUUCCAACCCGG